AUGGGAAAAGGUGAUCGAUCAAGACAUCGAUCCAGGCAUCGAUCACGAGCUCGACGAUCGCGUUCACGGAGAGAUUCGCAUGACGAACCACACAGAAGGGGACAUAGGGACCGUAGCUCUCGAAGGAGUGUCCGGUCUAGGUCCAGGAGUUGGUCACGUCACGAAGAUUCUGAAAGGAAGGAUCGGCGUAACUCGGAACGACGAACUGAGAGGAGCAGUGAUUCUGAAAUUGCACGACUUGCCGAGGUUUUGACUGGUGUAGUCGGUUCGAACUCGAAACGCAGCACUCAUUUUCUGAACGAGAAAAUUAUACCGGAAUUCGAUCCUUCGACAAAAACCUUAUCAGCAUCAGACUGGAUAGAGAAAAUCAACGAUUGUGGUCUUACGUCAAAAGUUCAGAAAAGAUUACAAUUAAAAAAAGUUACCCGAGAAGAAAAGAGAACGCUUUUAAACGAGGUUAAAGGUGGUGAGACAUACAACUCAAAGAUAAGUGACGACGAGUUAUCGAGUAAUAGAGAAAGCUCAGUUGGAGAGCACCGCGAUAAUUCAGUAUGUGAUUCUAUACAAUUACAGACAAUACUGGAAAGAAUGUAUAGCCUUGAAGAAGAAAAUAGGCAAAGAAGAGCCUGUCUUACAAUUCUAGCAGGAGUAAAUUCACUGGUGCUAAAUGUCGUCGCAAGCAUAAUGCUGUCAAUCUCCAAAAGUUCUCGUUUAAAAACGUUGAAUCCAUUUUCUGAUGGUUCCGUUAUUCUGCGACUAGAAGGUGUCCUCCAUCAAGCUCCAAUUAGUACUGAUGAGAGAUAUCCAGUGAUACUACCUGGUAAUCAUUAA